AUGUUCGCCUCGUUCGCUCGCAGAGCCUUGUCCUCCUCCUCUUCCUCUCCUCUUAGCUGUUGUUCAUACUCUCGUUCAUUCGUCACCACCAAAAUUAACGGAGUGAGCGCAGGAAACCUUUUACGUCAAACGAACGACCCUCUCGGGGCGGAAGCCGAGGAGCUCGCGUUCGCGCCGAACAAAUCGAAACACAACCAACUGUUCGCGCCUUCGGACCCGAUAUUCAUGUCGCAAUUUUUAUACAACUCCGAGUUCAUCAAGAAACAAAUGAUGGAAUCGAGCACUAACAGUAAAAGCGCAUCCGGAGAGAAAGAGUGCGCGAAAAUGCUCGCCCAAAUCGGCGGCACGAUGAAAUCGUAUUACAAAGCCACCACGGGGGAAUACGACGGAAUCGUAAUCUAUUCCUUCCCGAAGAACCACGACGUGCACACGUUCGAGCAAAUCGUAAAAUCGAGCGGUUUGAUCGAAAAAGUGUACACGACGAAACUGAUGACGAGCGAGGACGGAGACGUCGCCUUGAGAGCGGCGAAGGAGUUGAGAACGGUCGAGCUCUUAGCGCACGAACGGAAAGUAAACUCGCUGGAUUUUAAUUUAAGCGGAGAGUAUUUAGCGUCCGGGAGCGUGGACCAAACGAUACGCGUGUGGGACGCGGAGAGGGCGUUAAGUGGUGGUGGGAACACCAACAACGCGAGUCGGAGUCGGAGUACUCCUACUACGAACAACAACAACAACAUUCCAAACGGACGCUUGCUUGGCCAUCGAGAUUCGGUGGAGCAACUCCGGUUUAGUCCCGUACACACAGACGAGCUCGUGUCGGUGUCCUCGGAUAAGACGGUGAAAUUUUGGGACGUUCGGCAGAAGAAAGAAGUGCAAUCGAUACCGACGCACGGCGAGAAUAUCAACGUCGCGUGGUCGCCAAACGGGAAGACGGUGUGCGUCGGGGAUAAGAACGAUACGUUGACAUUUAUCGAUUGCACGACGAUGAGAGCGGUGAAAACCGCAUCUGGGAAAGAAGUGGAGGUGAGACAUCGAAAACCAAUCAGUCGGAAAGUGUUCAAGGAGACGGAAGUGAACGAGUUCGCGUGGGAUCGAGAGAAGGAGUCGGAGAAGUUUUUCGUUUUGACCGGAGACGGAAAGGUGCAGUGUAACGUAUGGGACGAGACGAAGCACACGAUUAAGAACGUGCACGAAUUUGUCGCGCAUACUGGUGGGUGUUACACGAUAGCGUUCGAUCCGAGCGAGAAGAAGACGCACUUUGCGAUUGGUAGCGCGGAUUCGUUGGUAUCGAUUUGGAAUAUUCCGGUUGGAUACAUGUGUUUGCGAACGGUGGCGAGACACGAGACGCCGGUGAGAACGGUAGCGUUUAGUCACGACGGGAAUUUCUUAGCGAGCGCGUCGGAAGAUGAUUUUAUAGAUAUCUGCGAUCCAGUGAGUUCGAAGAGGGUGUGUGAACCUAUAUUUGUCCGAGCGCCGAUGAACGCGCUGGCGUGGCAUCCGAAGACGCACGCGUUGGCCUACGCGGGAGAUCAGGAAGAUUUAAAUAAACGAAAGAGAGAGGCUUUGAAUUUAGACGAAGAUUUGGACGCGAAGGCAUCACGUAUGGAAGAGGAAGAGAGGGGUAAUGCUGGUGGCCGAGGAGGAGCGUCGAUGGAGGAGAACGACCGAGACGAUAAUCGCCGGAGAAGAAGCGGAAAUAUUAAACCGAACGUAAACAAAGUCCAACAAGUGGAAGGUAUCGUUCGUUUGUGGAUUCCAAAGUUGGUCGUCGAUGAGUAA